AUGCCUGACUUGUCCCGCAUUUUCGAGUCGGCAUUAAAUACCGCGUUUAAACGUUUUCUUGUGACUAUAUUGAAGACCACAUUAGUUUGUCUCAUUGCAUUCUUUUUUGUACAAAUUCCCACUAUUGGGCGUUUCUUAAUGACAAUUGGAAAAGAUGAUGAUCGAUCAAAAAAACAAAAAAGAUUGAGAGCUAAAAUAGUUGAUAAGAAUGAUCCAAGUAGUCCAUAUCGUGCUGUUGAAGUAGUAGAUGAAUUAAAAUAUAUUCCUGAAGAUGGUAUUCAUACAUUAGCCGAUAUUCCAGAUUUAACCAUUAAACGUUUUGCUGAUAGAGAAACAUUGGGAGUAAGAGAAAUAUUGAAUGUUGAAGAUGAAACACAACCAAAUGGAAAAGUAUUUAAAAAAUUUAUUCUUGGUGAAUAUAAAUUUACUACCUAUAAAGAAGCGCAUGAACAUAUCUUAGCAAUUGGAAAAGGUUUAUUAUCAUUGGGACUGAAACAGGGUGAUAGAAUUCUAUUAUUUGCUGAAACAAGACCAGAAUGGUUAUUAACAGCAUUUGCUGCAUUCAGACAUGGAAUCACAGUUGUUACUUUAUAUUCAACGCUUGGCGACGAAGCAGUUAGACAUGGUAUUACGGAAUCAGAAGUUGAAGUUAUUGUUACAUCAACAGAACUUGUUCCAAAACUAGAAAAAAUAUUAGAAAAGACUAAAAAAGUUCAUCAUGUUAUUUAUUUUCCUGGUUUCAAACAAAUUCAUCCGACAGAUAAAAAUGAUAUUGAAUUUCAUAGUUUACAACAAUUAGAAGAGAAAGGAAAGCAAGCAAACAUUGAUGGUUUCAUAUUGAAUAAACGUCCAAAACCUCAAGAUAUUGCUGUAAUUAUGUAUACAAGUGGAAGUACAGGAGCACCAAAAGGUGUAUUAAUUACUCAUGAAAAUAUUAUUGCUGCGAUGACUGGUCAAAAAGAACGUGUAUUUCCAAUGGUUGAUUUAGAAACACAUGUUUAUAUUGCUUAUUUACCGUUAGCUCAUAUUCUGGAAUUAUGUUGUGAAUUAUUAGUGUAUUAUUCUGGUGUGAAAUGCGGUUAUUCGUCACCUCAAACUCUCACUGAUCAAUCAACAGCCAUUAAACGCGGACAAAAAGGUGAUUUACAAGUACUGAGACCACAUCUGAUGUCCUGUGUACCGACAAUUCUUGAUCGUAUUCAUAAAACGGUGAAUGAAAAAAUCAAUCAAGCCAAUUUUUUUCAAAGACAUUUAUUUUAUUUAUGUUAUAAAAUUAAAGUUAAACGAUUAGAAGAAGGAUUGGACAGUCCACAUUUAGAUAAUCUAAUAUUUAAAAAAUUUAAUCAGCUGGUAUUAGGUGGUCGUGUUAGAACAAUGCUGUGUGGUGGCGCUGUUUUAAGUGAAGAUACACAGCGUUUUGUUCAAGCUGCACUCUGUAUAACAUUAUUUCAAGGAUAUGGACUUACUGAAACAUGUGCUGGAGGAAGUAUAGCCGAUCAACAUGAUAUUUCAGUUGGAAGAGCGGGCUAUCCUCUUGUUUGCUGUGAAAUGCGACUAGAAAAUUGGGAUGAAGACAAGCCAAAUCCUCGUGGUGAAAUUUUAAUUGGAGGCAAAAUGGUAGCCGUUGGGUAUUUUGCUGAAGCAGCUAAAGAGAAUGUGAAUUUUAAAGAAAUUAAUGGUACAAGGUAUUUUUCAACAGGAGAUAUUGGUGAAAUAUUUCCCGAUGGAACAAUAAAAAUUGUUGAUCGUAAAAAAGAUUUAAUCAAAUUACGAGGUGGUGAAUAUGUUUCGUUAACAAAAGUUGAAAUGGCUAUUGGAAAAGUUCCGAUUGUUGAAAAUUGUUGUUUAUGUGCCAGUUCAUCUGCCGAAUACACCGUUCUCCUUGUAUCACCAAAUCAAAAGAAUAUGACUUCUUAUACCGAAAAACAUUUCGAUACAAAAGAGUGGCAAAAAUUAAUUGACGAUGAAGAAUUUGUCGGUCAAGUAUUAAAAGAUGUACAGGAGGCAUGUCGAAAAGGUGGUAUUGAACGUUUUGAAACACCUCAACGCGUAAGAAUAGUUCCUGAUGCAUGGACACCUGAAACUGGUUUAGUCACUGAUGCAUUGAAAUUAAAACGUAAAGCCAUUGAACUAAAAUAUCAAGAUGAUAUUGAUACGUUAUACAAAGAUGAGCCAAAACAAAAACAGAAUAAGAAAGGUGGUAGUUCUCGGACAAAAUCAUCUAAUUCAAAUGAAACUAACGACAAUGAUAAGAAACAAAAAUCGUCUAAAGAAGAAAAUAAAGAAAACAAUAAUCAGAAAAAAGAUUCAUCAAAAGAAGAUAAUGAAAAAAAUGAACAACAAGCAAAAGAGCCAACAGAUGUUGCUCAAGAUGUUAUCGCAGACAAAUAA